AUGGUUUCGUUUUGGGGAAUCAGGGCUCCAGCAGGGGGCCGGCUGGGAGCAGCUACCACCCCUUCCUCAACUCCCAUGCCCCCCGCCCCAUGCUCCCCCCUACACUCAUCCCCCUUUCAAAACGGCUGCUUAGCUGCACCGAACCUGGACAGAAAUAAGCCACGAAGCGUCUGUGGACUGGUCCCUACCCCCGCUGCAAAGGAAGGAUUCGAGUUGGACUUUCCCGUCCCUCCUCGAAUGCGGCGUUGCGCCCAUUCAUUGCCCGCAACCCUCGCAAAGACUCCUUCCCGCACCUCGCCCCCUCUCCUCCGUCUGCCUGCCGUGCAGACAUACGCCUUGUACAAACGCAAAAUUGUACCCCCACCCUCCAAACGUCGCCCCCAGCGAGGGCCCGGCCGCCGAAGCGAGACCCGCCGCCACAACCGAAAUCACCAGUCACAGCCUUUCAUCGCUUCACUCACCAUGCGCUUCGACAUGUUUCGCAGACGCCCUGCCCCCCCGCCCUCCCCGGCACCGCCCUCGCCCGCACCGUCCACACGGUCCGCUUCAGGCUUUCGCGACAGCUUUUACGAUGCCACUCACUCGUCCCCGGCACCGCUCAAACCCGUUCUCAUGAGUCGCCCCUCUUACAUGCGAAAUUUGCAAGCCCGAAUGGAACAAAUGGAGAGAGUUCCCACUAGGUCGUUUUUCCAGUCAUACGCAGGCGAAUUUGACAUGCUCCAAGGAGAAGACCGCAGGGCUUUUCGAAGGGAGCAUGAGUUCGAGACUAGCACCAAGAUCGAGAAUUCUUACCGCAACCGAUACGCAAACGUGCUCUCCAACGAACCGACACGCGUUAAGCUCCAGGAUAUUGCUCCGGGAGAAAAUGACUACAUUAACGCAAAUCUAGUUAGAGGCUAUGAUAGCCAUCCUGGCUAUAUCGCAACCCAAGCACCUUUGCCGGAAACAAUGCCGCAUUUCUGGCAGAUGGUCUACGAGUCGGUCACGCCUGUUAUUAUUAUGCUCACCCGAGAACAAGAAGAUCAUUGUACAGUGACUAAGAGCGAGAGGUAUUGGCCUGCUGUUGGUGAAGAUCUUCUAUUUGAUCAUUACCUCGUUCAUGGGCUUGAGGAAUCGGUUAACCGAGCGCACGGGAUCACGGAGAGGCGCUUCCAGGUUGCCCGCGUCGUGGAUUCAAGAAAGAAACAUGCCAAGGAUUUGGUCGAUGCCGACUCUUUGAUUCCUCACUGCAGUGACGGCACAGUUUUGCAGACUCCAGCUCGGGGGAGGUCUCAGAGUCAUUGCGACGAGGAUAGCGACGACUGCGAGGACAAUGAGGAACUCAUGCGUCAUCUCGAAGCAAUUGGCACGGUGCUGGAGGUGGUCCAAUUACAAUACACCGAUUGGCCGGAUCAGGAAGUGCCGGAGAAUCCUCACACUCUCCUCGAUCUGGUGCGCCGCGUUGACACCCUGUGCAGGACUCAGCGUCUGCGGACUGGCGUACCGGCGCCUCCGGUGGUGCAUUGCUCAGCCGGCGUGGGCAGGACUGGUACGUUUAUAGCAAUUGACAAGACGCUGAGAAGGCUAUGGGAUGCCUUUUCUCAUCCUAUUGGUGCUGGAUGUCAACCUGUGUGUGUUGAGGAAAUUCGAGAAUUGGUGCGAGGACUCAAGAAUGAUAGAAGCCGAAUGGUGCAGACGGCAGAGCAGUACCGGUUCAUUUACGAGGCAGUCCUAGCAGGACUGAAACGAUGGGAAACGGGGCAUUUGACCUUUCCCAGGCGAAUUACUGACAGUUCACAAGCAAGCAAUGAAAAUGGUCGGACGUCAUCGCAAGCUGUAGAUGAUAACAAGGACGAAGAGUUGAGAUCCCAGGCGCAUUCAUCGCCCAGGCACAGCGGCAGUGGAAGGGGCAGUGCCGGCCCGAUAAUCGGCCAUUCGUCAAGGAUACGGAUGGAUUAAUGGUCUGGCAUAGGAAUUGAAGGUUUACUGUUUGGCCUGGAACGGUGAGAUCUCCGUGUCGUGUACAGGUGCAUGUACGUUGUGUGUAUUAAAGUUAUGCGGAGGAUAGCC